GUCAAACAAGAGAGAAACACCGAAAGUUCUUCCAUAAUCGAAUAAGUUUAGAGCUGCAGUGUAAACGGCCUUUGGUUCGGAUUAGUCACCCACACCUGAAAUCUAUAUACAUAUAAAAAAAAGAAAGGAAAUAAUUACCACACUAAAAAGGUUAAUAGCAGCAAUAUAUAUAUAUAUAUAUAUAUAUCUCAAAGUGUAACCCAAACAUCAGCUCUAGUAUAAUGCAGGACUCGCCCGACGCGAAGAAGCCUUGCAAGGGCAUACUAAAGAAUUCAAGCAGUUUUGAUAAACCCGGUGCCGCCAGUUAUCGCAAAAGUGCAAAAUUUGAUGAAUUAAAUGUGUUGCAAACUUACCACCCACAUGAUAAGGAUUAUGGUCAUAUGAAAAUUGAUGAGCCGAAAACGCCAUAUAACUAUGUUAUUCCAGAUCUAGCGCACACAGAUACAUUAGAUGCAAAUUUACUUGCGGAAAAAUUGCGUAUCGCCGCAAACACUCAAUCGCCUGCAUUUGGUUCAGAUGAACUGUCUGAUGAAGAAAAUAUCGAUGAAACACCUGAAGAAAAAGUACGUCGUCUUGAGUUCGAACGUCGCCGAAAGGCGCACUAUAACGAAUUCGAAGCAGUUAGACUAGCGCGCAAAUUGAUUGAGGAGGAGCUAGGCGAUGAGGACGACGAACAUGAUAUUUCAUCUAUCGGCGAGAAUGUCAAAUCGGCAACAUCUAAUCAAAAAUCCAAUGAAGAUGAAGUUGAGAUCCAGAGCGAAAAUGCCGAACAAGAAUCUGAGGAAAAGGAUGUAGUGGAGGAGGUGAGACGUACUACAGAGCAAGAUUCAGAGCUUGGUUCUUCCGACAGUAUCAGGACAUCGUCAUCCAAUAUGGAUGUAGAUGCGCAAUUGCAAUUGCAACCCUCACAUCCCUGCUACAGAAGAGAUUAGUAUAGUAAAAUAUAAAUAAAGGAAAACAUACCUAAAUGCAUUAACACAUACAUUGCGACAUGUAUACAAGUAAAGCAUGCAAGGGCAUUAUCUAAACAAAUAGCACAGAAAUCAACGAUACAAGCAACAUACCGUGAUCGCUACUAACAUUUAAAGAUAUUUAUGUCGAAGAGGAAAACCUUAUAGCGAUAAAUAAAUUUUAUUGUACUUGCUAUUUCAGUCGCCUAGAUAAAAAAAAAACAACCAUUGCGAUAAUUAAAAAAAAAAAAUAUAUAUAUAAUAAUAUUUGCUUGCAUUACUAAAUAUUUACAUUUAUAUUCAACGAUGCAGAUUAAUUUUCGAGUACAUUUGAAUUGUUUUACAUGAGAAGAAGUUUGGAAAAAAUGCAUUCAGCCAAUUAUUAUGCAGUGUGCUCGAACUCAAAAGCAAAUCAACUCGACUCGGACUCUACGUAUACCUUUACCAAUGGUAAACGAAGAUCGUGACUAAAUACGCUGGAGACUUUUGACUCUAGUGGUACAGUGGUGAAAGUUAUAAAUUAAGUAGUUUUUAAAUUUGUUUGUUUUAAAUUUUAGGUAAUCGAAAAUAAAUUAAAAAUAUUUAAAAUAUUAGACUUUUAAUUGGAAACAAGAAUGCCACACUUUUAAAAUCUCUUUUCAAUUUAUUUUUCCAUUAAAGAUUAACACGAGAAAAUAAUACGAGAAACAAAAAAAUGUUGGAUCUUCUUUACGAUUCUGGCUUUUAUAAGCCCACUAAAAGUAUUUAAGCAGAUAAAUAUUCAAAAAAUGUAUGGUAAAUUUCGAAGUCCACAGUCUCUGAUUUAUCGUUAACAAUUUGUAUGGCCACCACUGUCCACCCGAACUUUGUGUGUGCAUUUUUAAGCUGACAAAAAAUUAAAUCACCACAGUAGCGCUUAAGCAAUGUAUGAAUACAAAAACAAAAUGAAGUAAAUUUGCAUUUUAAUGUAUCUUAAAGCCAAUCAAUUGCAAAGCAAUUUUUUUUAAUAAUUUAAAAUAAAAUAAAAAUAAUUAAUUGAAAUGAACUCAAAAAUAGCUUAAUAAUGUGAAGCGGCCUAUUUGCAUAAUGUGCAUUGUGACUUUAACGCUCGUUAGCAAGAAAAGUUUUAGUAAAAAACAAAAAAAAAAAAAUUAUCUUUAAUGCAAUAAAAACUAACAACCAAUGUGCAAACACUAAUACAUACGUACAUAUAAUUGAAAUAAACAAUUUAAAAAUUGAAAUGAAUAA